UCGCUUCGGCUUCUAAACGUCAAACAGCUGCUAGGGCGCACACACACAUGGCUCUGUGUUUAUCAUGUCUGUAUCGCGUGUUGUGCUCAGUUUGGGUUAUAUAUAACAUUUAAUAAAGAUUUGUAUAUUUACUUCAGCGACACAAACACAUACACAAACACACGUUGGUCUCUCAAUCCUGUUUAUGCUCCGCGACUUUAACGUUAAACGAACGGACUGUGAAUCAUGCAACAAACUGUCGCGCGGUAUUUAAUCUUUUUCCAGUACACAGGGAGCAAAUACAGUGGUGUGAUGAAGGCUCCAGCUCAUCAAGCUGUACAGGGGGUCGGGAAUCAUUUAGAGAAUGCAGUGAGGAAGCUGAAGCCGGUGAAUGAGGUGUGUGUGUCCAUCUCCAGCAGAACAGACACUGGUGUCCAUGCUUUGUGUAACUCUGCUCAUGUAGAUAUCCAGCGGAGAGCAGACAAACCACCCUUGUCAGAGCAGAGCCUGCUCGAGGCUUUAAACUUUCAAUUAAAAGAAGAACCUAUAAGAAUCACCAGAGCUUACCGUGUCCACAGUGACUUCCACGCACGCUAUCAGGCGCAAUCGCGGACAUACGUAUACCGCUUGGCUCUGGGUUGUCAGCAUCACACACUAAUGCCACUGACGGAGAAGGAUCUAUGCUGGGCAUUACGAGACACGAGGUUAAAUAUUGAUGCGAUGCGUGAGGCGUCAGCACUGCUGUUAGGAACCCAUGACUUCAGCACUUUUCGGGCCUUGAGCUCCGAUGCCCCCUUUAAGUGCCCUGUGAAGACCCUCGAUUUAGCCCAGCUGGAGCCUGGAGAAUCAUUCUCUCAGAGACACUUUCAAAGAGACAUUCAGUUCUGGGAGCUCACUUUUAAAAGUAGGUCUUUUUUAUACAGACAAGUGCGCAGGAUGACCGGAGUGCUGGUUGCUAUUGGUCAGGGUCGACUUUCUGUAAGUAAGAUACAAGAUCUAUUAGAGGCGCGUGAUUCGUUGGCAUUCCCAAAUAACCUGACGGCCCCAGCCCAUGGCCUGUUUCUGACCAAUGUACAGUACAGAGAUACAGAUCUUGUGGCUUCCAUGUCAGAAGAACAAUAAUAGAGUUAGUUAAUAAUUUUAUCAUAAUUAUCAAGGCAUGGACAUUUUAAAUUGUUUAAAAAUGUCAAUAAACUGUUUUUGUUAUUUUUCUUCAA